AUUAUGAGCAACAUGGCGGGUAUUGGCUAACUUCCUAGGUACUUCUUUAUACUUUAGUUUAUUUCAGCUCUGGUUGGAUAAAAUCCAUUAAAAUGCCAGAAAUAAAGGUUGUUCCUUUAGGGGCUGGACAAGAUGUUGGUCGUAGUUGUAUACUGGUUACAAUUGGAGGCAAGAAUAUCAUGUUUGACUGUGGAAUGCACAUGGGCUACAAUGAUAAGAGGCGUUUUCCUGAUUUCCAGUACAUAACAAAAACUGGAUCAUUAACUCAAUAUCUUGACUGUGUUAUUAUAACACAUUUUCACUUAGAUCAUUGUGGAGCCCUGCCAUAUUUCUCAGAAAUGGUUGGCUAUGACGGUCCAAUAUAUAUGACACAUCCAACGAAAGCUAUAUGUCCUAUAUUGUUGGAGGAUUAUCGAAAAAUCACAGUGGACAAGAAAGGAGAGACUGAUUUCUUUACAUCUGCGAUGAUAAAAGAUUGUAUGAAGAAAGUCAUAGCUAUCAAUCUCCACCAAUGUGUGCAGGUCGAUGACGAUCUUGAAAUAAAACCAUACUAUGCCGGUCAUGUUCUUGGCGCUGCCAUGUAUCUCGUGAAAGUUGGAAACGAGUCCGUUGUUUAUACGGGUGACUACAAUAUGACACCUGACAGACAUUUAGGUGCUGCGUGGAUUGAUAAAUGUCGUCCCGAUGUAUUGAUCACCGAGUCAACUUACGCUACAACAGUUCGUGAUUCAAAAAGAGUAAGGGAACGCGAAUUAUUAAAGAAAGUUCACGAUACAAUCGAUAAAGGAGGAAAGAUAUUGAUACCGGUAUUCGCUCUGGGAAGAGCUCAGGAAUUAUGUAUCUUAUUGGAAACCUAUUGGGAAAGAAUGAACUUAAAAGCGCCGAUAUUUUUCUCGACAGGCCUAACGGAAAAGGCCAAUCAUUAUUAUAAAUUAUUCAUCACGUGGACAAAUCAAAAAAUUCGGAAUACUUUUGUUCAAAGGAAUAUGUUUGAUUUCAAACACAUCAAGCCAUUUGAGAGAUCUUUCGCGGACAACCCUGGUCCAAUGGUUGUGUUUGCCACACCAGGAAUGUUGCAUUCUGGUCUAUCAUUGCAGUUAUUUAAGAAAUGGGCUCCUGAUGAAAGAAAUAUGAUUGUCAUACCUGGUUAUUGUGUUGUCGGUACUGUAGGACACAAGGUACUUGCUGGACAGAAAAAGAUAGAACUUGAUAAGAAAACAACGAUCGACGUUAAGCUGUCUGUUCAACAGAUGUCAUUUAGUGCACAUGCAGACGCUAAAGGAAUCAUGCAGUUAAUACGUCAGGCCGAACCGCGCCAUGUGGUUUUGGUGCAUGGGGAAUCGCAGAAAAUGGACUUCCUUCGUGAUAAGAUUAAAGAGGAGUUUGCCAUUGACUGCUCCAAGCCAGCAAAUGGCGAAACCAUCUCUAUAGCAACCACUCCACAAAUUAGCGUCGAUAUGUCGAUAAGCUUAUUGAAGAGAAGCUUGAAAAAUGAAAUGACGAUUCAAGGUUUGCUUGAACAAUAUUCUCUAGUAAAUAACGUGUAUGUUAUUUUCAUGCUUUAUUUCAAUUUAGGUGGUAAACGCCCAAAGCUUUUAGAUAAAUUGCCGGUCAAAGGAGUUCUUGUCAUGAAAGAAACGUCUUUGAGGUUGUUAGAACAGGAUGAGGCAUUCAAAGAGCUGGGUCUAGUUGAACAUCAGCUAAGAUUUACAUCAUCUGUCAAUUUGGAAACCAGGCAGUCACAAAAUGACGUCAUGGAUCAGCUUCAGACAUUGCUUAAAGGUUCUUUACCUGAAAGAAACGUGCAAAGAAUUGGAGAAGGGGCUCUUGCAGUUGAUUCAGUUAUUGUUAAGCUUUCAGCUCCUGUGACGGAGGAAGAUAAGAAUUGUGAUGUGCUAGUUUCCUGGAUUUAUCAAGAUGAGGAUGUAGGUAGUGUCGUUUUGAAUUUAUUGGAGAACCAGAAAAGCAAGCUGCCUGAAGAUGGAGAACUCAUUGAAGCAGAAUAGUUUCAAAAAUAAAGUUUCCUCGAUUAUGUGGAUUUUAUGUAUAUAACAAUGCGCUAAGAAAGGUGUUUGAAGCUUGUGAUGAAGAACAAUAGCAGACAUAAGUACACUUUUUCCUUUAAACUUUCUUGAGUUAUCGUCUAGUCAGAUAUACUUAACAUAAUUGAACAUCCUUAACUGUUUUCAAAUUGGAUUUUAUGCGAGUUGGUUGAGGGAUCGUUACGCAGACAGAACCCCACCCACAUGUCAUUAUAUUGGUGAAAACAUGAAGUUUGCAUAAAAAAGUGGCAGUUACUUUAUCUGACCCUUUCUGAAGCGUAUCAAUAUGUUGUUUUUAACUAACACACGUGACACACUUCAUUCAGAAAGGGUGAGAUAAAGUAACGGCCAAAAAAUUUAACCCGCUGACCAGUGUAUUAUCACUUCUGGCGCAUUGAUUAUUAAAUUACAGUAAAUCUUUGGCCUUUGUACUUUUUAACAAUCAAAUGGUACAAGAUUUAAAAUACUUCCAUCUUAACUCGUUAUUACUUCAGAUGUGUUAGAACAAAAAGUUUGCAAUAAAAUAUUUUAACUUGUUAA